UCACUAUUUGAGGAAAUGCUUCAGGUUUCUAACGCCAUAAAUCCCGAUCACGUCAUCUAUGUUAUGGACGCCUCAAUCGGUCAAGCUUGUGAAGCUCAGGCAAGUGCUUUCAAGGCGAAAGUUGAUGUCGCCUCUGUUAUCGUGACGAAAUUAGACGGACAUGCAAAAGGUGGCGGAGCUUUGAGUGCUGUUGCAGCGACCCACAGUCCCAUUGUGUUCAUUGGUACCGGUGAACAUAUCGAGGACUUUGAACCCUUUAGAGUACAGCCCUUCGUUAAGAAACUCCUCGGUCUGGGCGACCUGGAGGGUCUUGUGGAAAAGGUAAUUUUUGACUCUAUAAAUAAUCUGGUAAAAAAGCUAAAGCAAGGCGUAUUCACCCUGCGUAGCAUGUACGAACAAUUCCAAAACAUUCUCAAAAUCGGAUCCCUUUCUGCUGUCCUCUCUGCAAUUCCGGGCCUCGGUCAGGAGUUGUUCACUAAUGAUAGGGUAAGUUGUCCACACAACUGCCCAUUAUUGUUUUUUUUGUUGGUUUAA